CCCGCCCACGGCUCGGCCGCCUGCUCCGCAAUGGGAGCCGCCGCCGUCGCCGCCGUGUAGUUUUUCGUGCUCCUCCUUUUCCUCCUCCUCUUUCUCCUCCUCCUCAGGGCCCCAGUCAGGCCGAUCCGCUCCGCUCACGGGUUUAAGAUUAUCUGACUUUCAACUAUACAGGAUUGCUGACUGCUGAUAGAAAGGUCCUCAUGGAACAAAAUGCACCAUGGAAGUGGCUUUGUUAAAUUCCAUGAGGAAAAAUAAAUAAUAUAUCUCCCAACUGUAUUGAAUAGAAAAAGGAAGGAAAAGAGAUAUAACUUGCUGCCUUGUGUGGAGUCACAUGAUGAUCAAAAUUAGAUCCAAGAAUUUCUAAACCCCAGGUUUCACGUUUCAAUAUUUGGCUUUACUUAAAGUGACUCAUAAAAUUGACUGAUAUCUUGUGUCAGUACAUAAAUGACAAUUUACAGAAAGUCAGCUCUUCAACUUGAUUGGCGACAACCCUUUUCAGCCAAAAAAUAAAUCAAAAAUGGCAGAACUCUUUAUGGAAUGUGAAGAAGAAGAGUUGGAACCAUGGCAGAAGAAAGUAAAAGAGGUUGAUGAUGAUGAUGAUGAUGAGCCGAUCUUUGUUGGAGAGAUAUCAAGUUCAAAACCAGCAAUUUCAAAUAUUUUGAAUAGAGUAAACCCCAGCUCAUAUUCGAGGGGAAUAAAGAAUGGUGCGCUCAGCCGAGGUAUUACUGCUGCAUUCAAGCCUACAAGUCAACACUACACGAACCCAACAUCAAAUCCAGUGCCUGCCUCGCCAGUAAAUUUUCAUCCUGAAUCUAGAUCUUCAGAUAGUUCUGUUAUUGUUCAGCCUUUGUCUAAACCUGGUUAUGUAACGAAGUCAUCACGAGUUGUUUCUAAUAAUUCUUCAGAGUUACUGUUUGACUUGACCCAGGAUACAGGAUUACCACUUUACCAAGGAGGACCAACACUUUCUAUAGCAGGUAUGAAUGAAAGUUCAUUUUUAUCAAAACGUCCUUCUACUUCUGAAGUAAACAGUGUUAAUCCAAAGAAGUCUAAACCCAGUGAAGGUGUUUCUGGAACAAAUUCCUCAGCUGUAUUUUCUUCAGUUAAAUCUCUUUCAGUGACAUCUCCCCAGGCUGUGCCGUCAAAAGGUACAAAUAUCUCAUCAAAUCAAUCUAAAAAUGGAACACCUUUUCCAAGAGCUUGUCCAAAGUGCAAUAUUCAUUUCAAUCUUUUGGAUCCUUUGAAAAAUCACAUGAAGUACUGUUGUCCAGACAUGAUAAAUAACUUUUUGGGACUGGCUAAAACAGAAUUUUCAAGUACAGCAAAUAAAAGUAAGACUGUUGAUUCAGAAAAAGGAAAACUGAUCAUGUUAGUUAAUGACUUUUAUUAUGGAAAACAUGAAGGAGAUGUCCAGGAAGAACAGAAGACUUACACAACCUUUAAGUGCUUCAGUUGCUUGAAAAUUCUUAAAAAUAAUAUUAGGUUUAUGAACCACAUGAAACAUCAUUUGGAACUUGAGAAGCAGAGCAGUGAAAGCUGGGAAAACCACACCACCUGCCAGCACUGCUACCGUCAGUUUCCCACACCAUUUCAACUGCAGUGUCACAUUGAAAGUACACACACACCCCAUGAAUUUUCUACCAUUUGCAAAAUAUGUGAAUUAUCAUUUGAAACAGAGCAUAUUCUUUUACAACAUAUGAAGGACAAUCAUAAACCUGGUGAAAUGCCAUAUAUUUGCCAGGUUUGCAAUUAUAGAUCAUCAUCAUUUUCUGAUGUAGAAACUCAUUUUAGAACAUCCCAUGAAAACACUAAGAACUUGCUAUGUCCGUUUUGCCUCAAAGUUAUUAAAAUUGCAACACCCUAUAUGCAUCAUUACAUGAAGCAUCAGAAAAAAGGAAUACAUCGUUGUACAAAAUGCAGACUACAGUUUUUAACAUGCAAAGAGAAAAUGGAUCACAAGACUCAGCAUCAUCGGACAUUUAUAAAACCUAAACAGCUAGAAGGAUUGCCUCCGGGAACAAAAGUUACUAUUCGAGCUUCAGUUGGCCCUCUUCAAUCAGGAUCUUCAACUACACCUACCAUUAGUGCAAGCACUUCUACCCUUCAGCUCUCACCUCCAAGGACUAAAAAUAUAACUGCUAAAAAUCCCACAAAAUCUAACACAAGUAAACCUAAUAUAACUAAAUCCAUUGCAAGUAAACCUAAUGCAAGUAAGCCUAAUGGAAGUAAAUCUAAAUACAAAUCAAAAAUAUCUAAUAUGCAAAAGAAACAAAGCACAUUGGCUAGUAGCAAUAAAAAAAGUAAAGUCAAUACAGCGUUGAGGAAUUUAAGGUAUCGUCGGGGAGUUCACAAGUGCAUUGAGUGUUGUUCUGAAAUAAAAGAUUUUGCAAACCAUUUUCCUACAUAUGUCCACUGUAGUUUUUGCAGAUACAACACUAGCUGUAGCAAAGCCUAUGUGAAUCAUAUGAUGAGCUUUCAUAGUAAAUCGUCCAAGUAAAAGGUUUUGUAUCUUUAAGAAGUAUUCAGAAGAUCUCAGGGGCAUUACUCUAGUGUGCCUUAAUUGUGAUUUCCUAACUGAUGUUUCUGGCUUAGAUAAUAUGGCUACACACUUAAGUCAACAUGAAACUCAUGCUUGUCAAGUUGUAAUAGAGAAAGUUUCUGUUUGUAUCCCAACUUCUGAACAUCUUUCUGAAUGGAGAAGCAGCCCAGAGAUUUCAAAAAAUGUUCAGGGUACACCUGGACAGUGUCCCCCUUCGAUGGACACAACUGAUGCCUGUUCUCUCUUUCCAAGGAAUGUGACUAAUUUGACUGUGGGACCUGCUCUAGGUUGUGGUCUCAGGAAAUCAGAUCUUGGGGAGACUCCCUUCCCUCAUGGCUGGCCUUCCAUGAGGCUGAUGUUGAUAUAGUCAGAGAUGGUAUCAAGGCCCACCAAAUAGAGCACAGCUUCCCACUGGGGGCUUUGGCUCUUGAUCUUAAGCUUGUGGGUCACUUCUGGCCAAGAAAAUCAAAUCUGUGCUUCAGCAUCCCAGUUGAAGUUUAGUCAUUUUGGCGGCUGCCCUUUAAUCUUCCUCUAGCAUGAAUGCAUCCAAGGAAUACAAAAUCUCCAGUUAUUAGGAAAUGGUUAUUUUUCAUGUCCUUGGAACAACAGGUCUCUACAAUUAUGUUCCAAAAUUUCACUUAUUUUUACUGUUAUUUAAAAUGUAUUACCCAGGAGUAACUUCAUAGUUUUUUGACAACAUCAAUUAUCAGAUUUUUUAUUUUUUAAAAAUUUAGUUUAAUUUUGAUAGCUUGGUUUUAUGUUCUCCAAAUGUAUUGAUGUCUAUUUUAUGAUGUCUAUUUUUAUAUUCUUUUCUUUAACACUGUUGUUUAGUGUUUGCUUUGUUUUGUUAAGAACUCCAAGAUAUUCCCUAGAAUUCUCUACAGAUUUCCUAUAGCUGCUUAUUUAUAGUUUUUUAAUUUGGCUGUUGUUCAGACCAUUAGACAUUAUUAUAUCCAUUCUUAUUUCAGGAUUAUUAUUAUUAAUAUUAUCUUAAUAAUUGUGAGUUCUAAGGUGUAAAGAAUUGACAAAACCUAUUCUUGCAGACCUUAAAACAAGUUUUUUUUUAAAAUUUAGUUUUAUUUUUUUAUACAGUAAAACAAGUUUUAAAGUUACAUAUUUGUACAUCUAAUACAUAAUACCUACUUAGCUAUUAAUAGUUCCUUUGGGUAGUGGUAACAUUAAAAAAUAUAGGGGCCAAUAAUGCACUUGUUUCUAUCAUAUAUAAAACAUAUUUUCACAUAUAUAUUUUUUUAAAAGUUGACAUUUGUUUAUUUUAGUUACAUUGACUAUAGCUCUAAUAAACAGUUUUGAUGCUACUAUUUUGUUUUAAUAAAAAUUCUGUUGUUUAAGUGCCUCAGGAAUUAUUUACUAAUAAAGAAUUUCAUAUGAAAGCUGUAGAUUUAAUCAUAUAAAUAGGAGCAUUGCCUUUAUCGUUUCAUGGAAACCUUAUUAUUUGGCCUGCACACUGAGAGCUGUAUCUACUUAGUGCAUCUUGCUCUUUUUCCUCUGGCACAAUUGAAAGGUCACUGUUCAUACUUUACCAAUUUACUGAAUUUUAAUGACAUGCAAAAUACCUUUUGUGAUCUUAGUUGCUAUAAGGGUUAGGCAGGCUCUGGAAGUAUGACUCAGUCAUGUUUUUUUACUCUGAAGUCAGAACUUGCUCAGUUUUACUUUGAAACAGAUUUAAAGCCAAUAUAGAUGACUACUUAUUAUGUAAUGUGCUUCUUGCAAUUAAUAAUCAAAAAAUUUGAACCCAUUAGUUUUAAAUUUCCAAACUAAUUUCUACGGUAAAUGAAUAAUUUUUCAAAAGCUCUGGAAGUGGCUUGUCUCUCAGUAGGUGGAUUUGGUGUUAUGCUAGUCUUUAUUUCCUUAUCUGUCUCUAGGAAGUUUUGUCAUUCACCCUCUUUCUACCCAGUUUUUUAAAAAAUUUAAAAAUUUUGCCCAGAAACAACUUCUUUACGUUUUUAACAUAAGUUCCUUUUUCACUUAUAGAUAUUUGCUCUACCUUGGCUAUAGUUAAAAAAUAUGAGAAAUUGUAUUCUUGAUAUAGCAAUGUAGGAGUACUGCUUUGUGUUCUUCCAUAGGACUCUAUUUUAUAGUAUUAUCAAGUUCAUUUUCUUAAAGUUUAAACUCCUAAAGUUCUAUCACCUAUAACUUCCUUUUUAAAAACAUAAUUUAAAUAAAACACCUAAGGCAGUUAGUACAAAACUUGUUGAUUAUAGGCAGUUGGUCAUAUUUUAAUUUUGUGCUAAUGAGUUUUAGCUUGAGUCUAAUCCCUCCUUGCCAUCAGGUUAUUCUAAAUAGUUUAUUCACCUGAUCAGAAAUUGCCAUUUCAUGCAUGUGUGCUUUUGGUUACCACUGAAUAAAAAAUGAGAUUGGUUCAGUUUAAGUCCAUCUCUAUUUUGAGAAAAAAUGACUGCUAAACUACAGAGACUUGGAUUCUUGCCCUAUUUUUGUGAUAUUUUGGCAUAACACCUCACCUAUUUGGGCCUCAUUUGUUUAUUCAGCAAAUAUUUCUUGAACAUCUGCUUUGUGCCUGGCACCCUUCUAAGUGCUAGAAAAAUGGACUGAAAUCUCUGCCCUCACAGAACGAACAUUUUAGUGGUGAAAGACAGACAAUAUACAGUAAAUAAAAUACAUAGCAUGUUAGAUAGUGGUCAAUACUAUGGAGAAAAAUAACAUAGGGAAGGGGGAUAAGAAGUACUGGGUGGGAGUUUGGAGGCUGCCAUUUAAAAUUUGGUAGUCAGGGAAGGUCUCACAAAGAGAUGACAUUUGAGUAAAGACCUGAAAGAAGAACUGCAUGGAGACUGGUCUGGCUGCAAAUAAGUGAUUAAGAGGGAGAAUAGUAGGAGUUGGGGCCUGCAAGGUAAUGUGGGCCAUGUGUAUAGGACGUUAUGGACAGUUGUAAGGAAUUCGCCUUUUACUAUGAGAUAAGUAGCUAUUAGAGCAUUUUGAAUAGAGGAGUGUUUUACACCUCAAUAAAAACCACAAUCAACGAAAACCUUUAAAUACAGAAGAGUGUCUGUAUUACCAUAGCUGCUGUCUUCGGAAUAAACUGUAGAAGACCAAGGACAAAAUCAGGGAGAUUAAUUAGGAGGUUAUUGUAAUAAUCCAGGUAUGAGAUGGUGGAGAUUUAGGCUAGGCUGCUAGCAGUUUAGGUGAUAAGAGUUUUGACUUGGGACAUGUUUUGAAUUCGUUGAUGGUUUAUAUGUGAAGUGUAGAAGAAAGAAAGUUUUGAGGAUGAUUCCAGUUAUUAGUGUGAGCAACUGCAAAGAUGGCAUUGAUAUUAACUGAGAUAGGGAAGACUAGAAGUAAUAGAUUUGAGAGGGAAGAUGAUGACUGUGAUUUGGGACAUAUUUUAGUUUGUGAUAUCUAUUAGAUAUGCAAGUUGACAUGUCAUAAGUAUUCACCUGUAUGAAUUUAGGGGGGUGUUCUAAGCUGUAAAUAUCAUUUAAUGUCAUGGAAAUAAAUACAAGUAAAACUGGGGAAAACUGAGUAAGGUUGGUAUAUGUAUCACUGCCAACAUCCUGCUUAUGCUUUUGUGCUAUAAUUUUUUACUGUUAUUUUGUAUUGUAAGAUGUUAUCAUUGGGGAAACUGGACAAAGGGAAUAUGGAAUCUCUCUGUGUUAUUUCUUAUAACUGCAUGUGAAUAUACAAUUAUACCAAAAUUUAAAAUUCAUUAAAAAAAAUCAGGGGACUAUAUGAGAUCACCAAGGGAUACAGUAGAGAGAGAGAAAGGGCAGGGUCCACAGGCUGAGCUCUGGCGAAUCUGACAAUAAAAGGUCAGGGAGAUGAGAAGGAAUUGGCAAAGGAAACUGAGAAGGAGUGGCCGAUGAUAUAGAAAGAAAACCAGGGGAGUGGCAGUGUUCUUGGAGCCUCAGUUACCCUAUUUGUAAAAUGUGAGUGCUGACUUGUUCUAGACUUCUGAGAUUCUAUUAUUCAAUAUUGGUUAUACUUACAUUGUCAUAAUUUGUUCUUAUGACAAGAUAAAUUUAGAAUGCCACGUAUCCUAUUCCCAGUAGCAGAAACAGGGACUCUUUGACCUUGAGAAAAUUAAAUGUUCACAUUAUUCCUCAGCACAUUUAACUCUUUCAUAGGCUCUUGUAAAAGUAGUUCUCUUAUACUUCUAUUAAAGAAAGUAACUAGGUUAUUUUUUCCCAGGUUCUGUACUGUACAAUUAAUGUCCAUAAUUUAUAAGUUGGGGGGAAAAGUUUCCAUGGUCAAAUAAAUUUGGGCAAUGCAAGUUAAAGUUAAAUUGAUUCUUUGAUAUGGGCUUUUUCAUGCUGUAUGUGACUUGUGAAUGUCUAAGAGAAUAUUUAUUUGACUUUAGAGUUUUUUUCUUUGAAUACUUAUUCACUUCUUAAUCUCCAUGGAAUAGUGUGUAGAAUACUGAUCUGGAGUAAUCCUUCAAAUUUUAUGAACUGGGAAAUAAAAAGUAGUUGUGUAGUGUUGCCUAAGAUGGAUUCCUAGACAUUUCAUUUAUGUUUAUGAAUCAUUUGUAAGAUAGUGUUUGUAACUAGAGGCUAGCAAUGUACAUUUUCAUAUUUUUAGAAAUUACAUCAGAAAAAUGAUAUCCUCAUUAUUAUGUUUGUAAAAUCUAAUAAAUGCAUAACAGGGACAGACCAAUUAUUAGUUUAUUCUGCCUCUGAUUAUGGCAGCAAGGGAUAUUUUUGUUGGAGAGUAUGGUUACUUUAUAUGAUUUCACACUAAGAAGCUUAAGAAUCUCUCAUUAUCUGUUUCUAGCUUCUCUGUAACUCCUUAUGCUUAGCUUAUCAAUCUACCCACUUACCUACUUUUCUUGAGACUAUUUUCAGCCUUUUAUUAUCUGUUAAGGAAUUUCUUAUAUAGUAAAGUUUUACUUCCUACUUAAACAGCUUCAGGAGAACUUCUUUGAUACUAAUAUUGGGUGAUUUGAUAGCCAGCUUCAUUUUAAACCCUCUCAGACCCUUAAAGGUACAGUGUGGUGUAGUGGUUAAAGAGCGUAGGCUCUGCAGUUGAUUGCCUAGUUUGGAGUUCCUACCCUGCUGUUUACUAGAACAUGUGUGACUUUGGGUAGAUUACAGACUUCUGCCUCAUUCCUCAUUUGUAAAAUGCAUGUAAACAACAGUACCUGUUCAUAAAGUGUAGACGGAAUUAAAUGAGUUAGUAUAUGUAUAUAGUACUUAGAAAGUGAUUGUCACAUAGGAAGCACUGUGUAACUGUAAAGUUAUCAUUGUUACUCUUAUUACUUUUCAUAAUUUUACUUCUGCCUGCAUUUUGUUCAGAUAGAAUUAUCCUAAUCUUCAGCCUGCUUUUCAUUCUGACCAUCUCAUACCAUUUUCACAAAUCAUUUAUGUUAACUUUCUUUUCCUAACCCAGUAAAUCUUUCUUAAGAGCUAAUUGUUUGAAGCACGUAUUAGUCAUAAAAUUAGAUUUUUGGUGCCUGAAGCUCAAUAAACUUGUAGUUUUAGGGAAUAGUUAUGAAUCCUAGGUUCAUUUUAGUAAUCUCUGUCUUUAAAAAUAGUAUAAAUCGUAUCUUCCCCUAAAUUAUAGUGCCUUAUACUGACCACACUGUGGUUCAUCUCAUCUUUCAGCCCACAUCUCUGAUUUUGAGAUCCUUCUACGGCCUCACUCUAGUCACUUUGGUGUUUGCCCACCUGGAAGACCUUACCUUCCUCUACAAACAUGGAGAAGCUACUGUGAAUCUCUUUUUCUAUAUCAUUUACUGAAAUGUAGGAAUCUACUGUUUUUAAUCCUCCACACUGAAAAGUAUCUUUAUCCUUACUUCUGUGAAGUGUAGUGUUGGGAAAGGAGUACAGCUUUAAAAUAAGGCAGUCCUAGGUUUAAAUCCUGGUUGUAUAUCUAACCAGCUCUGUAGCCUUGUGAAAAUUACUUCACCUUAUCUUCCUCAUUAGUGAGAGGUAUGUAAUAAUUUUUUGCAGGGUGGCUGUAAGAAAUAGAGAUAAUCUGUGGACGUUAAAUUAUUAAUUUAAAUAAUUCAAAUUAUUUAAAUAAUUAAAAUUAUUUGGCACUGGCCUGACAAAAAAUGAUCAUUCAAUAAAUGCAUGUUGUUGGUGCCGUUGUUGCUCUAGCUGCUGCUGCUGCUAAUAUUACUACUACUAAUUACUGCUGUUCCUGCUGUUGCUCCAGCUGUUAUUGCUGUUAGCACUGUUAUUACUGCUGCUACUUACAGGAGACCCUGGGAACUACAUAUCAGUGGAAUCUUCUCAUCAUUGAGAGUUUUAGUGGCAAUCCACUGACUGUACUAACUGUACUGUGGUUAUUUGUAAUUUUGGCUCAUAGUUCUUGGAGUAUAUUCCUCCAAACUGCUGGUUGGAUGGCAUUUUAUUACAGUGUUCAGUUGCACCUCAUAUAAUUGUCAGAUGUCAGAAUUUGAUUGUAGUUCUGACUUUUCCUAUCUGAAGACUGAAACAGCAAACACCCUUGUUGAAAACUGGUACAUAAUCCUCUCUGCUUAGGAGGAAAACUUUUAUUUUUUUAGCUUACAGAAUUUGUUUCUUAAAGAAAACCUUUUAUUAAUUAUUGCCAGGCAUUCAUUUCCAGUCAUCUUGACUACUUAUCUAUUACUACUAAACUUACGAAAAAUGUGUAAUUGUGCUAGUAAAGUGGCUCUUUCUUUUGUAGACCUUUGAAAUGAUUUUUUUUUAAAUCUGCUUUUCUCAGAUAUUAGAAAGAUUGUAACUCAAUCAUGGAAUUGCUCUUUUCCAUCUGCUUCUCCCUUAUUUUGCCCUUUCUCCAUUUUCUUCUGUAUAUCUACCUGGAUAGAUUAAUUAUUACAUAGAAUGGAAGUAAAGUUUUAAAUUUUGCAAGGUUUGUUUUCUUGACAAAAAGUUGAGAAUAGGUGUUUCCCUCUAGCAAUCUUCAGAGCAUAAGAAUCCAUAGUAAAUCCAUAAUAACUCAAGCUUGGAAAACUUGGCUACUUAUUGAAAGAUGUCUAUUUAUUGACUGAAUCAAAUGUCCUAAAUGCCACAGUUUGAAGUGAUUUUAAAAGUUGAUUUAGUUCUCUCAAUGACUUCCAAUUUUGUUCUAAGCAAAGUAUAAUGUAAGGGCACUGACUGGAGUCAAAAUAUCAGAGUUCCAAACCCAGCUCUCUCACUUUAUGUUCAAGUUACUUCAGUUUAUUCAUCUGUAAAUAAUCUUUACAUGAUUGUUUUGAAGACUUAAAAGAGAUGUAAACUGUGUUUUAUAGAUGAAAAUGUCUUUUAUAUUUUAUUAAAUUCCCCUAAUUUAAAGAGUACUAGGAAAAAAAAGAAAAUGUAAAACUGACUCUCCUUGAAGCUGUGAAUUUCCCUCUUGUAUUUCUGGCUACUGAACUUUAUACUUAGCUCCAGUGCUAACUACAUGGCUCUUUCAUAGUAUAAUAUAGAUAACCCUUCCACAUAUUCAUUGACAACAAACAUUGAUUCCCUGCCUUCUGUAUGCAAGACUCUUUGUCAAGUGCUGGAAAUGGAAACAUGAAUGAGACAUAGUUCACGCCACCAGGGUAAUUACAGAAUAGGCAGUCGGAAAUGGAGACACUGAAUCUACAUCUUCACAGGGCCACACAGUAAACUGAUUUCAUAAUUAUUUAAACCCCUAAUACCAUGUAUAUAUUAGAUUAUGUGAUUUUUGUGAAAUGCUACACCAGAAGAGAAUCUGGACUUGGUCCAAAGAGAAAUACCACUGUAUUAUACCACUCUAAACUAAACCAAUAAGUCAUUAAUUAGCUUUCAUAAAUGCAAGCAGAAAGUAAGCUCUUUUAAGAGCAGAAUGGCAACCUUUUAAAAAUGUUUUGUAUUUGAAAAUAAUAUUUCUGUUAAAAAUGUUUACUUCUACUAACUCUAUUUCCAUUGAAGAAUAUGUAAAGAAUCACUCCAUUAUUUUCCUGUGAAGUUCUGAACUUAUUUGGAGGAAUUACUGACUCUGGUCAUAAUCCAAGUUAUUAGAGUCUUAAAUGUUCAAAAUGGUCAGAGUGUCUUCAUUUCAUAUAUUUGGUUUAGCAGAAAAAAGAAAAACUGAUCUCCUCUAUGAGAUACACAGAAUUUAUUUUGGGUUUGUUUCUUUCUCUAACCUUUUGAAAUGUAACUAGGAUUGGAGGUAAUGGGGGAUCAUGUCCUUAGAUUCUCUUAUCCUACCACGGACAUUACUGUCUCAUUACUGUCUCAAACCAAAUCUUUAGUAACUGCAAGAUAGUUUUUCCUUUUCAAAGUGGAUGCAAUACAUUUGCCCCUGGUAUGUAAUUGCAAGUUAGCAAGUAGGAACUGUGUAUCAAAAUACAGUGGUUUCUGGCAUUUUGGACUUCUGCCUUUGAUAGCUGGUAAGCAGGAAGUAAUGGGAAAACCCAUUGAAAGGGAAAGAUAAAUGAAACUUUGGUAUAGUCCUUCAUUUAGGGCAAAUGCUACCAACUUCUACCAGUGUUUCUGAGGUUACUACCAUUUUUUCAGUCUCCCGAUUCUGAGGGUAGUUUGCGAAUACAUUAUAAAUUAAGUAUUCAGGGCUUAAUUCAAUAUUGCCAACAAAAUAAAAAAAUACCAAAAUUAUAGCCCGAGUCUGGCAUUAGAAUCUUCUGCCUCUACUGAUGGUCUUAUUUUUUGCUUCUUAUUUUACACAUAAAUAUUUUGUUUCUCUUGAUUCUUUGUCUUUGGCUUUACCUAGUUCUUUCCUCUGUCCAUUUAGAAUGAUUUUUUACUCUAUCUUCCCUGAUGACCAAAUUAUAGCCACAUCUUCAGAAGUGGGUAGAUUAUUUCAUACUAGGGUAAAUUGCUCAGCAAUCAAAAACUAAUACCUAAUGUAUUUUGUUUGAGGAUGGGGGAGGUAUGGCAGAAAAAUCUCAAAACAUUAAAGAUAUUUAGGUAAAAAGCUUUAAGAGCCUGUGUGGCACACUUAAGUAAAUUCUAGACAGUAAGAUUAGAUUCCUGAUUCUACCCAUGGCAGUAAUAAGAGCUAACAAUUAUUGAGUACAUACACUAAAUGUUUUACAUUUAUCCACUCAUUUAAUUCUCACAAACUAAUGCGAUAUGCACUGUUCUUGUCCCAAUUUUGUGGAUGAGACAACUGAGAUACAGAUAAGUCAUUUGCCCAAGGUCACAUAGCUGUUAAGAGCCUCAAUUUAAAUUAUGGUAGUCUGUUUUCAGAGGCUAAACUAAGAAGUACUAUAGUCUAUUGCUUCCCUGGUUGUGCUUGUGGUUCCAAAUGUACUUUCCUACUUUUACUAUAUAAAGUAUGAGUAGCUGAAUGGGCCUGAGCUUCAAUGUGAAGACCCUUUGUUUCCCCAGGAGAGCAGGCAACAACUGAUACAGUUGUAGCAUUGGGACCAGAAUCUAGCCUCCCAAUCUUAGAGUAGUAUUUCUAUGAUAUAUGAGCAGUAGAACAUUUCAGCAAAACUGACAUAAAUCGGUCUAUUAGUAAGAUUAAUUUGGCAAUGAUAGCUCAGCAUGUUUUAGAGUGGAAAACAUCAAGAGGCAGAGAGAUCAGUUAAGUUUUUCACUUUUCCUGGCAUGAAUUUAAGGGAGCCUGGUUUAUAACAGGGGAUUUGGCUGUGAAGAAAUGCAGUGGAAAUUUGAAGUAGAACCGGUUCUGUUGCUUAAUGGAUUUAUUACUUUAGCAUUUUUAGGCUGUAGAUUUUUCUCAUUUACAAGAUAGGGGCAAUUGGAUAAUAUACUCUCGUAGGACUCAAGUCUAAUUCUAAUAUACUAUGAUAUUUUUGAAUUGAUUGAAAAAUAAAUAGUAAAAUGUAGGGGUCAUGUUCUGGUUGUUGAUUUGCGGGUUAUUGGUUUAGAAGUGAUUGUUGGAAUUGUGCCAAAGGAUGAGCUGUAUAAGACUAAGUAGGUCUGAGCAGUAAAUAUAUUUAUAUGAAUGGCAGACAUGUAGGGGGUCAUGUUUGCUCUCCUCAUUUACCUUUAUCCAAUUGGUACCUAUAUUCUGUUGGUUUUACUCUAUCACCCUCCUAAAGCCUUCCUCUUCUUUGACACUCCUACUGCUUUACCUGGGACAGUCAUUAACUGUCUCUUUUUUUUUUAAAUAACAAAAAUUUAUUAUUAAUAUGUUAAGUCAAUAUUUCAUGAUAGAAAAAUUAUGUGAAUGCAAUGACAUAGAAAUUUCUGGGACUUAAAAGUAAGAAAAAUAGUGAUCAUAAGUUUUUCCUGCUAUUUUUGAGCAGAAACUUCCUGUACUGCCUAGGGAUCACAGCUGCAUAAGCAAGCAUUAGGACUGCAAGUAACUUUGAACUCUUUGUAGUUGAGAUGCCAUAUGACUUCCCAAUUUCUGUGGCCUUUUCAUUGACUCUUUAUGUGUCUAACCAUUUUUUUUUUCUGAGUCAAAAACUAGGACCCAUAAUUCUGAUAAAAGAAAGAAAAGAACACUUUGUUGUUCUUUUAUCAGUCAUUAACUGUCUCUUAUCUGGACUCCUUGUCUGGAGCUUAUCCUCUUCUGAUACUGCCCUUUUUCUUUCUGAUGCACAAAUCUUAUCAUACUUUCUUAUUAACCUUAGAGUAAAGUUCUUAGCACAAACGCUUUAGUGUAACAAUCAAGAUCUUUCCUAAAGUAGCCCUUGCUAUCUCUUCAGUUGCAUCUUUGACUACUCUCCCUUGUUCCCUACCUCCUAGUCAUAUGAGACCACUCAGUAUCAUAUCAUUGCUAUGUUUUAUAUUUCUUUGCUUUUCCUCCACCUUGACUCUCCUUUCCCUGCUUUGCUAACUCCUGCUCUUGCUGCAAAACCUUGUUCACUGUAGUAUCUUCACUGCCUCCUUGCGCCUUUCUCCCUCAUAGUGGCUCAGUCCUUUGUAUAGCCACAAUAUACAUGUCUCUUUUUUAGCACUUCACAAUUCUGUAAACAUUUGCUUCAAUACAUUUCCUUGACAGUAACUCCUUCACAGGAGGGACUGUGUCUUUGGACUGGAACUUUUAGCACAGUACCUAAUGUACGUGCAACCUGGUAAAUGUUUAGAUCAAUGAUCCUUUCCACACAUCUGUUAACACCUCUCAGAACAAACGGUCAGAAAUGGUGCACUAGAUGUUUUACUCUUAUUUAUUAGUAUAAUGAUUACUAUCCUAAAUUUAAUCUGGAAUGGGUAACUGGAAGGUCUUGAGAACUGGUUGACCUUACUACUGGCUUGUUGUAAACCUUUUUUCAGCUUUUUAGUUUGCUUAUAAGUAUUUGCAAAGAUUACAUUUUGAAAAUCAGCAUUGAAAUUUUUGGCUUUUAAAUGUUAUUAGAAGGAAAGAAUGUGGUCUGAUUGAAAUGAAUAUGAGCGUUUUCCCUCUACCCCAUUUAUUUAUAGUAUGAAUGAAACCUCAAAAGAAUGCAAUGAUGUAAUUUAACCAAAGUGCUCAUUUUACAUGUAGCUUUGGAUUGGUCAUGUGAUCUGCAGAAAAAUGCAAGUAGGGACAUUUAUUUUAUUUUGAACUUUAGAGGGAAAGUAGGUUUACAUACAGAAGAAAAAUUAAUUAUUUGCAAUCUUGAUCACUAAUGGUUGUUGUUGAAAUCCAUAACCGUCAAUCCUUCUGUUCUCCUUACAUUGAAAUCUUAAAUAGUGUUUGUUUUAAAUGCUAUACAAAAUUUUUCUAUUAAAAAAUAUUGCAAGAAUUCACAGGUGAAAAGUCUAAUUAUCUAAUGGCAGGUCAUUAGCUCAGAACUUUGAGCUUAGCAAAUUUCACUGUCUUCUACCAAGCAAUUGAGUAUCUCAAAUGAUGACUAUUUCAGCAGGCAUCUUUAACGGAAUAAGA